AUGAAUGAGGAAAUUGCUCCAACCAAAAUAGGAGUAGUAGCAAAACCAACAAACUUCACAGCUUCUUCAACCCAGGAGCAACAUGUAACUGUGGCUCCCGAGAAUUAUGAGACAACAUGUUGGGGUUGUGGACUGCAUCUUUUGCUUCCAUCUCAUGCGCCAGUCUUCAAAUGUGGCUGGUGUGGGGCCAUAACAAAUCAGAGCAAACAGAAUUGUGACAAGCAGGGCCAUAGAUGGAGACUACUGCGUGAUCGAUGCAUUCUUACUAUGGUCUUCAUGUUUAUGCUCUUUCUAAUAUUUGGCGGGGUGUGGGCAAUUUAUCCCUUCGUAUAUUCUUUCAGUCUUUUAGGGAUUUUACACUCUAUCAUUACAGUGACCUUGGCCGUAUCUACCAUUUCCUCUUUCAGCCUUUCAGCAUUUCGAUGUGCCGGCACACCUCCAAACUUAGUGUGGGGAAGCUACCCCACUGUAGGGAACGGUGACCUUGAAAAUUAUACCUUCUGUCACUACUGCUCAAAACCGAAGUCGCCCAGAACUCAUCACUGUCGCUCGUGUGGAAAAUGUAUACUAGACAUGGAUCACCACUGCCCAUUUAUCGGGAACUGUGUCGGAGCGUCUAAUCACCGCAGCUUCAUCGCCUUCCUUAUAUCAGGACUGUUCAGCACCAUCUAUAUUUCCUUAGUGUCUGCACAUGCUGGCUUGCAUAUGUGGCCACCAUUGACAUACUCCAUCGGACGCAUAAAUGGGACCACUAAUGAAAUUCUAGCUUGGAGAAUUGUCAAAGAAACUUUUUUUGCCUUCCUGAGAUCUGUGCUGCUUCUAUCCACCAGAGGGUUUAUUCUUGUUUAUCUAUUUAUUGCUAGUAUUUCAAUGAUGUUAGGGUUGAGUGUUCUUCUAUGGCAGCAGCUGCGAUUUAUUUACGAGGGGGAAACUUACUUGAGUCACCUAAGUUCGCAAGCGUAUAAUGGAGACGGAAAGAAGGAUUGUCAAAAUCUUGUAAGGUUUUUUGGUUUUCCGUAUUCUGUACAACGGUUUUUGCCCAGGUUCCUUGUUACUCAUAAGAGACACAUAAAGGGAAAUACACAUGAUCUGUGA